AUGGGUUCCAAGAGGCGAAGAGCUACCUCUCCUUCCAGCAGCGUCAGCGGAGGAGACUUUGAUGAUGCCCACCACUCCACAAAUAUACCAGGCCCGAGCAGAAAGAGGAGGAGACUUUCCAAUCUCCCAACUGUAGAUCCUAUUGCUGUAUGCCAUGAACUUUACAACACCAUCAGAGAUUACAAAGAUGAACAGGGCAGGCUCCUUUGUGAGCUUUUCAUUAGGGCACCGAAGCGAAGAAAUCAGCCAGAUUAUUAUGAAGUUGUCUCUCAGCCAAUUGAUUUAAUGAAAAUCCAACAAAAGCUAAAGAUGGAGGAAUAUGAUGAUGUGAAUGUGCUGACUGCAGAUUUUCAGCUUCUCUUCAACAACGCAAAGGCUUACUAUAAGCCUGAUUCUCCUGAAUAUAAAGCUGCCUGCAAAUUAUGGGAGCUGUAUUUGCGCACAAAGAAUGAAUUUGUUCAAAAAGGUGAUGCUGAGGAGGAAGAUGAUGAUGAGGAAGGACAUGACAAUCAAGAAUUAUCAUCUCCAGGUUACCUGAAGGAAAUUCUUGAACAGCUGCUUGAAGCUAUAGCUGUUGCCACAAACCCAUCAGGACGCCUCAUCAGUGAACUGUUUCAGAAACUUCCCUCCAAAGUGCAAUAUCCAGAUUAUUAUGCAAUAAUAAAGGAGCCCAUAGAUCUUAAAACUAUUGCCCAAAGGAUACAGAAUGGAACUUACAAAAGCAUUCAUGCGAUGGCCAAGGAUAUAGAUCUUCUGGCAAAGAAUGCCAAAACCUACAAUGAGCCCGGAUCUCAAGUAUUCAAGGAUGCAAAUGCGAUUAAAAAAAUAUUUAAUAUGAAAAAGGCUGAAAUUGAACACAGUGAGUUGGCCAAGUCAAGUCUCCGAAUCAGUAACAAAAGAUCAGCCCAAGGAGAUCGUUUAUCAGCAAUAACCAUGGCAUUGCAAUACGGAUCAGAAAGUGAUGAGGAUGCAGCUUUGGCAGCCGCUGCUCGUUAUGAAGAGGGAGAAUCUGAAGCCGAGAGCAUUACUUCCUUCAUGGACACUUCUAAUCCUCUUUAUCAGCUUUAUGAUACAGUUAGAAGUUGCCGAAAUAAUCAGGGCCAGCUCAUAUCUGAACCCUUUUUCCACUUGCCCUCCAAGAAAAAGUAUCCUGAUUAUUAUCAGCAAAUUAAAACACCUAUUUCAUUGCAGCAGAUCAGAACCAAACUGAAGAACCAUGAAUAUGAAACUUUAGAUCAGUUGGAGGCUGAUCUGAAUUUGAUGUUUGAAAAUGCCAAGCGGUACAAUGUUCCCAAUUCUGCCAUCUAUAAAAGAGUACUGAAAAUGCAGCAGGUUAUGCAGGCAAAGAAGAAGGAGCUUGCUAGGAGAGAUGACAUUGAGGAUGGGGACAGUAUGAUUUCUUCUGCUACAUCUGACACUGGAAGCUCAAAAAGGAAAAGUAAAAAGAAUAUCCGAAAGCAACGAAUGAAGAUUUUAUACAAUGCAGUUCUGGAAGCUCGAGAACCAGGCACAGGCAGACGGCUCUGUGAUCUGUUCAUGGUUAAGCCAUCCAAAAAGGACUAUCCAGACUAUUAUAAAAUUAUCUUGGAGCCAAUGGACUUGAAAAUGAUAGAACACAACAUCCGCAAUGAUAAGUAUGUAGGGGAAGAAGCCAUGAUUGAAGACAUGAAGCUCAUGUUCCGAAAUGCAAGGCAUUAUAAUGAGGAAGGCUCCCAGGUAUACAAUGAUGCCCAUAUGCUGGAAAAGAUCCUUAAAGAAAAGAGGAAAGAACUGGGACCCCUAGCUGAAGAUGAUGAUGUUGCAUCCCCUAAACUAAAGCUAAGUAGAAAAAGUGGCAUUUCUCCAAAAAAAUCAAAAUACAUGACUCCAAUGCAACAGAAAUUGAACGAGGUUUAUGAAGCAGUGAAGAAUUACACGGAUAAACGAGGCCGGCGACUGAGUGCCAUCUUCUUGAGGCUGCCAUCUCGGUCUGAACUUCCUGACUACUAUGUAACCAUUAAAAAGCCCGUUGACAUGGAGAAGAUCAGAAGUCAUAUGAUGGCAAAUAAAUACCAGGAUAUUGAUUCCAUGGUAGAGGACUUUGUAAUGAUGUUCAAUAAUGCUUGCACAUAUAAUGAGCCAGAAUCUUUAAUUUAUAAAGAUGCCUUGGUCCUGCAUAAAGUUCUGCUUGAAACUCGGAGAGAAAUAGAAGGAGAUGAGGAUUCUCAUGUGCCCAAUGUCACUUUGCUAAUUCAGGAACUUAUCCAUAACCUUUUUGUAUCUGUUAUGAGCCACCAGGAUGAUGAGGGUAGAUGCUACAGUGACUCCUUAGCUGAUAUUCGUGCUGUGGAUCUCAACUUCCCAAAUAAACCUCCUCUGACUUUUGAUAUUAUCCGAAAAAAUGUUGAAAAUAAUCGCUAUAGGAGAUUGGACUUGUUCCAGGAGAAUAUGUUUGAGGUACUGGAGAGGGCAAGGAGAAUGAACAGGACUGAUUCGGAGAUUUACGAGGAUGCAGUCGAACUUCAGCAGUUCUUUAUUAAAAUUCGAGAUGAACUUUGUAAGAAUGGAGAAAUUCUUCUGUCACCCGCUCUCAGCUAUACCACCAAGCAUCUUCACAAUGAUGUAGAAAAGGAAAAGAAGGAAAAGCUGCCCAAAGAAAUAGAGGAGGAUAAGCUCAAAAGAGAGGAGGAGAAGAGAGAAGCUGAAAAAAGUGAAGAUUCUUCUGGAUCAGCUGGGCUGUCAAGCUUGCAUCGGACCUACAGCCAGGAUUGCAGCUUCAAGAACAGCAUGUACCAUGUAGGAGAUUAUGUGUAUGUGGAGCCUGCUGAAGCCAACUUGCAACCUCACAUAGUCUGUAUUGAGAGGCUGUGGGAAGACUCAGCUG